UUUGUUAACAUUUCAAAACAAAAAGAUCGCUUACAUAGUUCAGAGAUUUAACUACAUACUUACUUAGUAAAUAAAUUACAUAUUUAUAUAAAUAAAUCUACAAAAUGAAAUUGUUUAUAAGUAUUUUGGGACUUUGCCUAUUGGCCAUUUGCUCCAGCUUGCCAAUUGAACACGAACAAAAGAUUACUUUGGAGUCAGUGUCUAAUGUAGCCGAUCAAGGCGAUGCAAAUGCUGAUCAUGUACGCUUAGCUCGUGGUUACGGUGGUUAUGGUGGCUAUGGCGGUUAUGGAGGAUAUGGCGGUUAUGGUGGCUAUGGUGGUUAUCCUGGUUAUGGCGGUUAUGGUGGCUAUCCUGGUUAUGGUGGCUACGGCGGCUAUCCAAUUGGCGGAGGCUUUGGAGGUGGUAUUAGUGGUGCUAGUGCCUCUGCAUCUUCAUCAUCUUUCGGUGGUGGCUUCGGUUUUGGUAGAUAAGAACAUCAUAAGAGCCGCUUUACUUAAUGUUUAAUUGUAUCUAGUGAAAUUAUUAUUUUUAAAACAAAAUUAAAUAAAUUAUUUUUUUUUUAUUUAUAUGAAAA